UACGUCGACGUUAUUGAAUCGCCAUUUUAGAAAGAAGGAGAGCUGUUUGGAACAACAGCAGUCAGUUAGCUACGUGCUUCAACGUUAUAGUACAUCUUUUUAUUUUAUCCAGUGAUCCUACAACGCAGAAAUGUCUCGGGACAGAUUUAACCUUAACGUUAGAGGAAAUAAUCGUGGAGUUGGAUUUCAACGCCGGGGAGGUGCUGGCCCGAUGCGAGGUGGAAUGGGUAACAUGAAUAAUUUCAGACAAAACCAACACCCUUUUCAAAGAGGGCCUCAUCCCGGUAACUUUGGAAAACCACCCAACCAGAUACCUCAGAUAACCCCUCAGAAGCCACCCGCACCAACUCUUUCCCAGCCCAACGCUCAAGCCAUUCGGCCACCACCUACUCCUGGCCCUGCGCUAACCAUGAAGGGCCCCAUACAGCAGCAGCAGGCCGCUGCCACAGUAGCUCCUGCCACUGCAGCAGCAGCAACUCCGACGGCCGCAGCAGCAGUAACUCCGAAGGCCGCAGCAGCAGCAACUCCGAUGGCCGCACCUCCCGCGGCCGCAGCAACAGCGCCUGCGGCUCAACCAAAAAUGCAGUCCCCACCUCCGAAGCCUGUUCCUCCGAAACCCGCACUUUCAUCUCCCCCACCAAACCAAAUUAAAAAACCCUCUCUCUCAUCUCCCCCACCAAACCAGAUGAAUAGGAACCAGCAAAGACCAGGACCCGGCAACGCCAAUGGGAAUGGGAAUAAAUCUGCACCCGCGAACAAAAAACCUGAACCUCAAACGCAAAAGAACACUUCAAAUGAGGCCGAGGAAGCCCACCCCCCCAAUGAGUUGAGAGCGACAUUGUCCUCGUUGCGCAGACCUGGCGAGAAGACAUACACUCAACGAUGCCGCCUUUUCAUUGGAAACCUUCCCAACGAUAUCUCAGAUGACACAUUCAAGAAGCUGUUUGCAAAGUAUGGCGAGCCCAGUGAGAUUUUCAUCAACAAAAACAAAGGCUUUGGCUUCAUACGCCUUGAAUCCCGUGCAUUGGCUGAGAUAGCUAAAGCUGAGCUGGAUGAUGUACCCAUGAAAGGCAGACCGCUUCGGGUGCGCUUUGCAACUCACUCGGCUGCACUGUCUGUGAAGAAUUUAUCACCUUUUGUUUCCAAUGAGCUACUGGAGGAGGCCUUUUCCCAGUUUGGAGUGGUGGAGAGGGCUGUGGUAAUUGUAGAUGAUCGCGGGCGCUCCACUGGCAAGGGCAUUGUCGAAUUUGCCUCUAAACCUGCUGCACGAAAGGCCCUGGAUCGUUGCAAUGAUGGAGUCUUCUUGCUCACCACGUCACCUCGCCCAAUAGUCGUUGAGCCCCUUGAACAAUACGAUGAUGAGGAUGGUCUGCCAGAGAAACUGGCACAGAAGAACCACAACUAUCAUAAGGAGCGGGAGGAGCCUCCCAGGUUUGCCCGUCCUGGCACUUUUGAGUUUGAGUACUCAAAGCGUUGGAAGUCCCUGGACGACAUGGAGAAGCAGCAGCGCCAGCAAGUGGAGAAGAACAUCCGCGAAGCCCGUGAGAAACUGGAGGGCGAGAUGGACGAUGCUUUCCAUGUGCACCAGGCCAACAUGAUCCGCCAAGAUCUGCUGAGGCGUGAGGAGGAGCUACGACGCAUGGAGGAGAUGCACAGUGCGGAGAUGCAGAAGAGGAAAGAGAUGCAGCUCAGGCAGGAAGAGGAACGUCGCAUACGUGAGGAGGAGACGCUCCGCCAGAGGGAGAUUGAGGAGCAAAUCCGGCGCAAGCGGGAGGAGGCCUACAGAAGUGGGAACUUCAUGGACAAUAGGGAUAUGAGAUUGACUCAGGGUGGCGCCAUGGGCAUGGCUGACAAUCAAUUUGGCUCACCCAACCAGAAGUUCCCCAUGGGACUCCAAGGCAUGGGUGGACCUAACGCUGGGGGAGCCAUGAUGCCCAACGAAAUGCGCAACGAGCGGAACUUCCCUCAGGGAGGCCGGGGGGCAAUGGGUCCUAACAACCAAGGGUUUGGCAGGGUCCGUGAGGAGUUUGAUGGGCCUGCCAAGAAGCCCCGCUUUUAAAUCUUUUCAGUGUCCCUCAUAGCAGUGUUUUUGUGUAGGUUCUCUGAACAUCUUCACAUUGAGUCAUUGUUAUAUUUAAGUUGAAAGUGUUCUUGCACUUUAGCCCGAGGACUCAUUCAUUUUAUGGCAAGUUAGGUUUUUCUUUUUUUCUUUUGUAUUUGUAGUGUGACUUUGAUGAAUUGGUCACCCUCAGUAAUCACAUAGCGCUAUCCCACCUAUGUAUAACUUUCUUUCCAGUUGUAUCGUGCCCGUGUCGUAAAUGGUGAUAAGUGUAAACUUUUCUCACCUUUCUAUGGCUGUGUUUUGUGCCAUUUAAGAUUUGAACUAAAAACAUGUAACUUUACAAUAAAGACCUAAUUUGGUUCUUUCCAAACCUUCUUAAAGUUUAUUUUAACCCAAUUUUGAGUAGUUAUCCUAAAUAAGCCCAGCAAGAGUUGACAAGCUUUUUUCCCUAGAUGUUUAUGUUGGGCGCCGGGGGUGAACAGCAACUUUAUAAUGUAAAUGAUCACCAUGUGAACUAAAUGGAACAGCAUAUGCAUACUGGACAGUAUUGAUAAAGAAAGUUGACAUUUUAGAGCACAAUUAGGCCUAGUAGAAAUUGUACUUUUGGGGCCCAAUUUUGACAAUGGAAAUGAGCAGUGCUGGUGUCAAACGUGAUUAAUGCUACUAGAAUAGUUUGUUUAUAAAAAUUUCAGAUUUUUUAAAUUCCCUUUGACUUAAAUUAAGAACUGUUUUAAAAGUAUAAUUGUUGUUUAGCUCUAAAUGAAGUGUUAUGGUUGUUGACAACUGUGCUGCUUUCUUUGCGUUGACAAAAAGGUAGUAUGUUUUGGCUCGUGUAUUGGUUGAAAGUCCUCUGACCACAUUUAACAUCUCAAAGCAGCACUUGAUUCAUCCACUGUCUCUUGAUAUUGCAUCAUUCAAUCUGUUUAAUUGGAAUGUAUAUCAUACACAAAUGUAUGAAAACUAUUUAAGAAUGUUACCCUAAAUAAUUCCAGUUUCAGCCACUGUCUGACAGAUGUUCUUAGGUCAUAAUUCAAAUGGCCAUGUUAUUAUGAGAAACGGGAACUGUGAGAGAAGUGGUACCCUUCAAGCUACCGUAGAACUUUUCAGCCUUCGGCUUUGUCCAUUUUAUUUAUGGCUCCUUCGCUGAAUUUCUUUGUCUUUCAUAGCCUAAGUACUGAUAAACCAAAAGGGAUGUGAACUGAUUCAUUCCAGUGACUAUAGUCACUUUGAAGUUUCACAUGAACAGAUUGGACAGCUAGGUCUGAAACAUCAUUAAAGGGAUAGCUUGGGGUUUUAGCAAUGAAGACCUUUAUCAACUUCCCCAGGGUCUGAUUAAUUUCUGCCUACCAUUUUACUUCCAUUAAGAAUAAAGUUAGAGGUAGUUUUGUGAGCCAGUGCUAACUAGUGCUAGCUUAGUGCAAAGAAGAAUUCUUGAGGAUGCUAGCUGUACCUGGACUUCAAGUCCUUGCGCUAAGCUAGUUAGCAUUUCCUCCCAAAAUGACCUCUUAUACUGGACACAGAGACUAACUUGUGACCACCAUUUUACGUCUCACUGGGGAAGUAUAUAAAGAGCAUCAUUGCUAAAACCCCAAGCUAUCCCUUUUAGGAUUAGGGCACAUUGUUUAAAAACUGUCAACAUUAUCUUUCACGUAUUUAUGAAGAUGUUGAGAUAUGAAAACACCAGCCCCUUGCAAUAAAUUUUCUUGAUUUUUAAGACUGCUUGAUUAGACCUCUAAAUCUGUGAGAUUUAAGACACAGCACACCAAAGGGUAGAUAUGUAAGCAACAAAAAAAAUAGAUAUAUAAUUACAAAGAAAGCUACAGAGAAUGGAGAACAUUUUCUGUGUAGUUACAUUUUUAUUUAUUGAAGAUCAAACUUGUGCUCCUACGAGAUGUUUAAAAAUAAUCUCAUCCAUAUUUUUUACAUCGCUGUUGAAAUUGCACUAGUCACUGUGUACUUGAACUCAAAGGAUCUUAGAAUUUUGUCAAUUUCAAUUACAAUUUCAAUUACAGCACAAAGAUUGAUUGUGGUUGUGCUCAAUGUUACUCAAAUGACUACAAACGGUUGUUUAUCAAAACAGUUGUCUAAACAAAUCUGAUUGGAUACCUUAACACAAGUAAUGUAUACCAUAAAACAUUCAAUGUUAUUCCUGUAUGUUUGUUUUGUGUACAUUUCUUCUUUGACAGGUUUGGCCACUUUAAAGGUUGCAGUGUGUAAGGAGACAUUUCUAAAACAAGAAGUCCUAGGCCUAACUGAGUGGCACUUAAUACAGUUUACUCCCGUGACUUGUCUUACACAGACCAACCUGAUGAAGAGGCUUGCCUUAGUGAAGGGUUUUCAGCAGUUUUCAGUAAUGUAACAGGGAUUCCAGUUGGUGAAAUGGUUGUUUAACAGAACAGUAAAUAGCAACCCCCUGUGACUGAAAUCGGAACUGACACCCCAUCUAAAAUUCUAACUGGGUGUUGUCAACAUGUCUAGGUGAUUUGGAAUACAAUGAAUGAAGCCAGUUUGCCAGAAUGGCCGAAUAACAAGAAGACUGGAUCUGGCUGUGUUUCAUAGGGUGUAUGUUUCUAGGUGAACUCUUAGUCAGCUCUUCCUGGACUACUCACCAUGUUGAUCAACUUGCUAUAGUAAUGUUGACCUACAGUCAACUCGGUGGGACGUAGGCCUAGAAGUAGCAAUGUACUGGGAAAGAAAGAUCAGACUCAUUUUAAAAUUAAAUUUCAACUCAAUCUGUGGUGAUCGUAUGUUAACAAAGGCAAUGACCACGGUUGCUUUUUUUCAGCCUGUUGGGCUGUUUUUACAGGCAGCCCAAUUCUGAUAUUUUCCCCACUAAUUGCUCUUUUGACCAAUCACAUCAGAUCUUUUCAGAGCUGAUCUGAUUGGUCAGAAGACUAAUUAGUGGGUGAUAAGGUUUAAGAAUUGGGCUGCCUGCCUAAACUCAGCCAUGUCAUACUGUUUGCAGAUGGAAUCACAGAUCCGGACACAAACUAAUGGUUAAAAUUAAUGUAGCGAGCUUUGUUUAUGCACCUGUAGUGGGAAUGUAGAUCACCCCUUAGUUAGUUUUAUAUAUUUAUAUAUAUUUGUUGUCCUGGCUUUAUAUGGAUUAUUGAAGUACUCUGAAAUAGUUGCCAGACUUGUAUAACCGAUGGAAGUCUAUAGUAGAACUUCCCCUUAUUCCCAGUCACCCUUCAGCAGACUGAGGAGACCUGCGAAACCUAUAAGGAGCGAGAAGCUCGUCUUUGUCAAGUGUCUUGAGUGCAUGGGCGUGCAGUAGCUGUGCAAUAAAAUCCAACAGCCAGCCUGCCCCAUUCCCCAGUAGAGGCUCCAAGUAAAGGCUCCGGCAGUUGGUUACGUUGAGGAUGAGUAGUUCUGCAGAAGUCAGUGGACAGUAGAGCCUGGACUUGUGUGCAGCGAGAGGUAUGCUUACAGAGCCACUGAAAAGGUAAGUUUUCCUGUUCAUGAUUUGUUUAAAUGCCAAACAUGUACUGCUCUAACUUCCUCUGUCACCUGACGUGAUGUGACAGUACAGGGGUUCUGGCAUCACACUUCUGAAAAAUGGAAUCACAGUGCAGUACUCGUUCCUCCCUCCGUAUGUGAACGUGUGGCAAUGUGUUUUUAGCCUUUGCAGUAUCUGGUAUUUUUCCUUCAUUUCUGACUGAAGCUGGUCUCUGUAUGAAACAAACUGUAUAUGGACUGCUGUGUCACUGGCUCAACAAAUAGUGUGUGGUGGUGUAUACCCACAACUUGACUUUGGUUCAAUCAACACAACUCCUUUUGUUGAGACUUCUUUCAAGCUGUAAUGACAAGUGCAAUGGGGGGGUUUACUGGCAAUUAUAUUUAUUUAUAUAUAUAUAUUUUUUUAUUUAUUUACCUGGUUCCUUGGCCCUGUAGAAGGGACUUUUGGUUUUUGGUGGGAGUAGCUUUAUUGUUGAUCUUGACCUCCUGUUUAAUCAAGUAAUAGAGGAAGCCAUUUGUGAAGCUUGUCCAUUGUCCAAUGUUUGCCUAAUAUUUGAACAUGAUUUAUUUUACCUUUAUUGCAGAACUUCGUAAAUCAUGUAGACCAAGGCCAAAAUGUAGCCGCUAAGGUGUAUCAUAGUACUCGAGCACAGGACUCUGACUCAAGUCGGACUAGUUAUUUUCAAUAUAGAAUCGAUAGCUUUGACUCAAGCAAUAUUCAGCACCUAGACUUUUUGUAUGUGUGUGUCUAGGGAUGUGAGAAUCAUCCUGAUGACCAUGUUCAUUUCGACUUGACGUGUGCUCUAAGUUUACUGGCUUUUUUUGGAUGUCUACAGUGCAACACUGGCAAGUGAUAUUUGCUCAGUCGAUUCAAUGUUACGGCCAAGAAACUCCUUAAAGACCCCCUAACGAGUAAUUGUCAAUGUAUUUUAUCAGCGGUUCAGACUUGCUAUGUCCGAAUAGCCAUACUAGCGUACUAUGUGCUUAAACUGCAUACUAUUUAGCACGUACCAUUUAGUAAAAAGUAUGCCACAGUUGCCACGCAAUAAUGGCUCGUGACUGGCUGAGUAGGUGGGACGGGGCCGAGUGCGGGUGGGUUUUUCCAGCCUGAUAAUAGCACAUUUUUGAUACAUUUCUCUAAUCUCUGAAUAGGAAUGGCGUAAUAUGCCUACUCAGGACGGUUAUAGGCAGACUACCACAUUCGACCUAUACUAUAAGCGUAUUCAUAAGCCUAUACCAUAAGCCAUAACAUAUUUAUUAGUGAAACCAAAGGGCUGUGAGAUCUAUCUAUAUACAUGCAACAAUUUAAAUGAUUUUACUGAGUUACAUUUCACAUAAGUAAAUAAAUAAAUUAGGCAAUCUAUAGAUUUCACAUGGGUGGGGGGGGGGGCAUAUGUGAUCGGCAACCUCCAAUUUCCAGAUUUGCUUGGUGGCGUGGUUCAUCAUUAUGGGUUCUUACACUUUUUCAGUUGCUCCCCUAGGUCAUUUAGGAAGGUUUUAGUUUGACUUAUGACUUUUGUUACACCCAGCUUUCAUUUAUGUACUCUGAGAUUGUAAUGGAAAUGGCAAACAUGAGCUUGUUGAUUUUAAUUUUAUACUUGACAACUGAGUAGGCUGGGAACAGCCUCUACUUUUGUAGAAUGUGACUUUGGUCUAUUGCUAAGAUCAACUAGAACGUGUCAUUUUCAAGCGUUAAUCCACUGGGCUUUUCUUGGGCGGGUGAACAGUUGUGGGACUGGGUUUGGGUCUAUCUGGGUCAUUCACAGCCUAGCUAUUCAUAAAGAGCACUUGGUCACUUCACUUGAUACUAUAGUGUGGUAACUACCAUACACAAGAAGGCACUGUUUCUCUUUCUCUCUCCUGUACUUUGGAAAGACCUGCGACUCUGUCCAAAAAUGGCAGCCUGUUCCCCCCUUGUGUAUUUUAGGGCUGACCCCAUUUAGUCGAUUGUUUGGUCGAUAGACCGUGUAUGUUGACCGAGAUUUCCUUGGUUGAGCAGCAGCAAAAAAAAACAAGUUAAUGGUGUACAAGACACCUGUCUGGUUCGUGCCUGUCUAAGUGGACAAAUCCAUUGUGGAGGCCCUGUGGGGAUGGCUCAGUCCAUCACUCUCAGACAUGUUCUACUGAAAUUUUGUACUGUGAAGGACAAUGGUGCAACACUAAAAUAAUAUUUUUUAACAUGCGCUUUCUCCCUCGUUUGCAAGCGGUCGCUGUCAGCGGUUUUGAAAUAUCAGUCCUCUGUUCAUUUCAUUUUAUUUAUUUCACCUUUAUUUAACCGGGUAGGCCAGUUGACAACAAGUUCUCAUUUGCAACCUGGCCAAGAUGAAGCAAAGUGGUGCGACACACAAACAACAGUUACAAAUGAAAUAAACAAACGUACAGUCAAUAACACACCAGAAAAGUAUAUACAGUGUGUGCAAAUGUUGAAUUUCCGCCUUUUCCCAGACCAUGUUAUGUGCAUAAUAGAAAUGUUAAAUGCAUUGGUGUUGAGAGAGAUGCAGCGGAGGCAGCAGCGGAGUUGGGUAACAAGGAAACAGCCCUUGCCAUAAUUGUCUAGGAAAAGUGAGGAAAUCCCAACUUAAUUAGGUCUUUAAUCAAUAGCCCAAAUGAGCCAUAUAUAAAUUCUCUAAGCGGCCUCAAACGGUAGUGUACGUGUGUGACAGAUCAUGCUUCUGUUGCCUGUUAAUAAUAGCCUACUUAUUCCCAUGCAACCACGUGGAAUAAACAAUUUCACAAAUUCGGCUGUUUUUAGUCUUUGCUAUAUGCUGUAAUAAAGGCGUUACACUUUUUGUUAGAACAGCCUCUGGUAUUAUUUAUUUAGUGUGUACACUUCCAAAUGAUCAGAAAGGAUGUAUAAUAACCCUCGAUCUUGAUUAUUAUUAUGAUCAUUAUAAAAAGUGAUGUCAUUAUCAUUAGGUUUAGUAUAUCAGCCUUGUAUAACCAACAUUGAGCUGUAGGCCUAAGAGCGCAUCCUGUUUAGUCUUAAUACUGUAAUUUACUUGGGCCUGUAAUUUUUAUGUAUGUGUGUGUGUGUGUGAGAAAUGACAUAUAGAAAUUACAGGCUCAAGUAAAUUACAGUAUUAAGACAGGAUGCGCUCUUACGCCUAUAUAUGCAUGCCAUUGUAGCAACAAUUUUGUUCAUGUCAUCACACAGCGUACGAGUUAUUCGGAUUUUAAAUGCAAUGAAGCGUACAAAAAAAUAUAUUAUAAUAAUAAUAAAGCAACCGUUGAAUAAUUAGCCUAAACAUUUAAUAAACCACUCUAUUUCUGCAAUUGCAUUCACAAAUGCAUGCGACUGUUUUUUGUCUUGCUGUAAAAGGCUUUACAAAAAAAUACUUUCUGGUAUGCAUAUUUGGUUAGUGUUUACGUUUUUCCAAACAGUCAAAUGUUUGGAAUCAAACCGCACCAGUUUGGCACACCAUAAUAUGCAUAUUCCUUUUCUUGAUCUCCAAGAUUUUCCAUAACUAUUCAGUUAUUCCACACAUCUGACUUCCCCUUUUACCUGAGCAACCAGUAAACAUUCAUGUUUUGACUUAAUUUGUCACAUGCUCUGCAUCCAUUUUGCUGUCACAUGUUAUGGGGUUAGUAGUUUCUAACCAAUUUAUUGAUGUGAUUAUGAUAUUGUAUAGGUCAUGCCCCAUUGGUCAAGUGCAUGCGAUGCAUAGGCCUACAUGUGUCACGUAAAGCAAGCAAGGGUUUAGGGAUUGUUUUAACCUAAACAUUUGGGUAACUGAACUUUUCAUUCAGAAAUGGCUCUAAUUAUGUUGCUGCUUCAGCAACACUGACGAUAAACUGUUCUGUGGUGGUCGCUGCAGCAGGGAGGAGGACACAACGGGUGCAAGUCAAACGUUGUCUUAUAUAUAUUUUUUUUUGUGCGCAGCAGGUCUGAGCCCUGCCCGGCACAAAUCAAUUGUGGUCGGAGUCCCUCUAGUCAUUUGUCGUAAUUAUUUCAUCCAACAGUGUGCUUAAAGCAUCAGACAAGCUCAGUGCAUAUAGUUGAUUUGAUUAAAACACGCCAUGUCUAUAUAUGGGAAAAUACACUUUUUCAAGGUUUGGCCUAUUGAUUAGUCGAAAGAACCGACUACUCUAGGUUGACCUAUAUGUAUAUAUUUUGUCGGGGACAGCCCUAGUGCAUUUCAUGCUUCGAGGUAUCAUCAAUCCUCCUGUCUUAUAUCAGUGACAUUCUCAAGCCAGUGACCAGCCAGCCAAUUGUAAAGGGUUCAGUUCACAAGGACUGUGCCAACCUCCUUGGUGUAGCAGUUUGUAUGUAAACGGUGUCUCAUGCAGCAAACUUAGUGUUAGUUAUCUUGGACUAUAAGCGUCUUGUGUAGAGAACUACCAUGAGCAGUGAAAUCAGCCCUAGGGCUGUCUAGUGUGUCUGUCUGCACUGUGAUCCAUUUCCCCUCGGGAGUCUCCUCUUUGAGUGGCCAGUCUGCUCCUCCGUAUCCCCUUCAGAGUGUGAUGCCAGAACUACCCUCCAUGGCCUCAGGGCCUCUACUGGAAAGGGCAAUGCCUUUUCCAAACUCGUUCUGCAAGACCGACGUCGCAAAUGCCCAUCAUGAUGUAAAGGUGAAAGCGUCUUCAUAGGUGCAACUCCUGACGUUUUGGGGGGUUUGCUAUAAUAAUACUUUUCCAGUGUCAACCAAGUCAAGCUUACCUUGCUUUGUAACUGUUUUCAGUCCUCAUGUUUUUGCAUGAUUGGUGUCAUGGCUCUUAUGCAUUUGCCUGUUCCCCCUGGAGUUAAUAAAUUUUGCUAUAAAGUGACGUAGCCUACAUAGCUAACUCCAGUGGGGAGAACAAGUAUUUGAUACACUGCCGAUUCUGCAGGUUUUGUUACUUACAAAGCAUGUAGAGUUCUAUCAUUUUUAUCAUAGGUACACUUCAACUGUGAGAGACGGAAUCUAAAACAAAAUUCCAGAAAAUCACAUUGUAUGAUUUUUAAGUAAUUAAUUUACAUUUUAUUGCAUGACAAGAAUUUGAUACAUCAGAAAAGCAGAACUUAAUAUUUGAUACAGAAACCUAUGUUUUCAAUUACAGAGAUCAUAUGUUUCCUGUAGUUCUUGACCAGGUUUUUUGGCCCACUCCUCCAUACAGACCUUCUCCAGAUGCUUCAGGUUUCAGGGCUGUCGCUGGGCAAUACGGACUUUCAGCUCCCUCCAAAGAUGUUCUAUUUGGUUCAGGUCUGGUGACUGACAAAGUCACUCCAGGACCUUGAUGCUUCUUACGGAGCCACUCCUUAGUUGCCCUGGCUGUGUGUUUCGGGUCGUUGUCUUGCUGGAAGACCCAGCCACGGCCCAUCUUCAAUGCUCUUACUGAGGGAAGGAGGUUGUUGGCCAAGAUCUUGCGAUACAUGCCCCCCCCAUCCAUCCUCCCCUCAAUACGGUGCAGUCGUCCUGUCCCCUUUUGUAGAAAAGCAUGCCCAAUGAUAUUUCCACCUCCAUGCUUCAUGGUUGGGAUGGUUUUCUUGGGGUUGUACUCAUCCUUCUUCCUCCAGACACGGCAAGUGCAGUUUAGACCGAAAAGCUCUAUUUUUGUCUCAUCAGACCACAUGACCUUCUCAAAUUCUUUCUCUGGAUCAUCCAGAUGGUCAUUGGCAAAUUUCAGACGGGCCUGGUCAUGCGCUGGCUUGAGCAGGGGGACCUUGCGUGCGCUGCAGUAUUUUAAUCUAUGACGGCGUAGUGUGUUACUAAUGGUCUUCUAUGAGACUGUGGUCCCAGGUCUCUUCAGGUCAUUGACCAGGUCCUGCCGUGUAGUUCUGGGCUGAUCCCUCACCUUCCUCAUGAUCAUUGAUGCCCCACGAGGUGAGAUCUUGCAUGGAGCCCCAGACUGAGGGUGAUUGACUGUCAUCUUGAACAUCUUCCAUUUUCUAAUAAUUGAGCCAACAGUUGUUGCCUUCUCAACAAGCUGCUUGCCUAUUGUCCUGUAGCCAAUCCCAGCCUUGUGCAGGUCUACAAUUUUAUCCCUGAUGUCCUUACACAGCUCUCUGGUCUUGGCCAUUGUGGAGAGGUUGGAGUCUGUUUGAUUGAGUGUGUGGACAGAUGUCUUUUAUACAGGUAGCGAGUUCAAACAGAUGCAGUUAAUACAGGUUAUGAGUGGAGAACAGAAGGGCUUCUAAAAGUAAAACUAACAGGUCUGUGAGAUCCGGAAUUCUUACUGGUUGGUAGAUGAUCAAAUACUUGUCAUGCAAUAAAAUGCAAAUGAAUUGCUUAAAAAUCAUACAAUGUGAUUUUCUGGAUUUUUGUUUUAGAUUCAAUCUCUCAUGGUUGAAGUGUACCUAUGGUAAAAAAUUACAGACCUACAUGCUUUGUAAGUAGGAAACACUGCAUAUUUUGCUGGUUAUCAAAUACUUCUCCCCGCUGUAUGUCAAAAUUUACUUCAUUUUUUUUUUGUAAUGUCUGACAUUAAUUGGCACAAGUUCUUUUAACAUUUUAAACUGUCAUUUACAUCUAGUGCAUGCAUGUACUGUAGUUUUUGUAAUUUAAAUUCCAAAAAGCCUAAUCCACUUUCAAGUCCUCUACAUCCCUGUAGUUUAGCACUCAUAUCUACAGUUAUUUGUGUACUAGUGUCUUAGGAUACAUUUCUGAAAUUCAUAGCUUUGAGCUCAUUGUUUCUCUCUUACUGCAGGGGCCUCGAGUGAUUGUAGGAGGCUGAGGAGCUGCUCCUGGUUUAACAUAUGGUUAACUGAAGAGACUGAUGUCUGUUCAAACCUGUGCAGGGGUGCCUCUGGUCCAUCCUAAAACAAGGAUAUGGUCUAUCCUAAAGCAAGGAAAUGGAUCUGCAGGAACCAGGCGGAAGUGAAGUGUGAUGCCGCCCCAGCAUCCAACCAGCAGAAAAGCCAGAAGUUCAACAGGAGACUCUUUAAAAAAUAAUAUAUUUUUCUACACAAAAUUGCAAUAAAAGGUUCAACUUGGA